UGCCCAGCGUACUGAGGAUAGCACCCGCCAAACUUCGAAGUAAACGACACCGAUCGUAACACGAUGGCACAUCAAUCGAGAUUUCAAUUACUCUACAUAUGUCUAGUCGUGGGACAACUGUUGGCCAUAGCGUACGGGGCCGAAAUCAUGACGGCAGGCGUCGCAGGCGGAGGAUCCAGUGGUAAGCAGACGCGCCGGGAAGCGGUCUCCACCACUAGUCAGCCAUCAACGUCAACUUCAGCGUACCAAAGCCCAUCGUCGGGAACCCAACAGCAGUUGUUUAGCAUAAGAAAUAGCAGUAGUACUACUAACACCAAUGCCAAGCCCACGAGCGGAGGAACCGUCGUAGGGAGCACCAAUAACCAAAGGCAAGACGACACGUCGCGUGAUGCAAAAGAUGCGUUCAGCGCUUGGUCGACGGCAAAGUUCGUCAACAAACCGAACUACGACCGAAAGGCACUGGACAAGCGAUUCGGCGGAACCCUGACGAUGCCCGAUCUCAGCGAUUGGCAGUGUCCGAGCGUGGCGAGCAGUGAUAGCCUCGAGUGUAGCUGCGAUCUACCGCACACCCUGCGCUGUAGUGGCGAUCUGCACGGUCUUGAGGUAAUAGCGGACAGUUUGCGACGAUCGCCUUACUCAGUUUCGCUGCUCGAUUGCACGCUGAAGAACGUCACCACCAUCAGCGAUGCGAACAUCUUCCAGAACGUCUCACUCCAGGGGCUCGUCAUAUCGUCCGGCGAGAUCAAGCGCGUGCAUCGGCUUGCGUUCGCUGGCAUUCGAAUGCCACUGCAAGCGCUCGGAUUGCCGAACAACGCGCUGGCAAGUGUUCCGAUGCAGUCACUCGGGUCGGUGUCCCAGCUCGACCGGUUGGAUCUGUCCUUUAACAAGAUAAAAUCGUUACAAAACACCGACUUCAUCGCUGUGCCUAAGCUGUCCUACUUGGAGCUGAGCGGGAAUCAAAUUUCACUCAUAAGUGCCAAGAGUUUGGCCCCGCUUAAGAGUCUGCUGCACCUGAAGCUGAACGGAAAUCGGUUGGGUGAAUCACCGGCAAGUUUACGCGCACUCGAAGCAUGUGUGGCGCUUAAGGAACUCGAUCUACACGCGAACGGCAUCAAGGGACCGCUGCGCAAUACCACACUACCGGCCAUUCGCGGGCUGGAGAUCCUCUAUUUGAACAAAAACUCCAUCUCGAGCGUUCACAAUGGGGCACUGGAGGCUUAUCCCUACCUGCAAAUGCUAUCGUUGCGCAACAACCAGAUCGAUGUGCUGCAGGAUCAUGCAUUUUCUGGUCUCGCUUCACUGCAGGUGCUCGACCUGGGACACAACGGGAUUGUCACCAUAUCCGGCGCGUCGUUGAAGCACCUCCCCCGGUUGAUCAUACUCGAUCUAACGCACAAUUUCCUUCGCGUCCUAACGGCGGACGUCGUUGCACCGCUGCCCGCUCUCAAGGAGCUCCGCUUGGACGGGAACGAUAUUUCACUGAUCGCCGAGAGUGCGCUGGUCAACGCGACCCAACUGCACAGCCUGUCGCUCGAGAACAACCCGCUGGUGUGCGAUUGUACGAUGAAACCGUUCCUGCAGUGGCUGGCCGGGUCGCGAAUCGCAUCCCAGGACAUUCUUGGUGCGAUCUGUGCAACGCCGCCACACCUGGAAGGGGCCGGUCUGCUUCAGUUAGCCCCGGAUACACUGAGCUGUGACAAUGGCAAAGUACGGGGAGACGCAAGUAGCGAUGAGGAUACAUUUAAAACGAUCGAAGUGAUGCUGAAGUUGAAGAACAACGCCUCGUACGUGCGGGACAUCGGGCAGGAGGUGAAACUGCGGGGCGUUAAUUUUACCGACGAAAGCGAUGUGUUCCUUUACUGGCUGCUCGGGACGGACGAUUACUCGUGUCGCUUCGUGUACGUGUUUCACGAUGAUGAUCCGGAAACUAUUCUGUUCAACUCGGAGGUUUCGUGUGUGGUCAAACCGGAAGAGCAAACAACAAUGGAGUAUAUUUACAGCACCAAGCUCAACGGGGCUUACGAUUUGCAAAGCGAUGCUAGCUACAAAUUCUGUUUGAUCCUGAAAGAAGACAUAUCUAAGGAUGAAUACUUGGGAGCCUGUGAGGUAGCGACACUACCGCCACCCCAUCUGAAUCCAACCAAGCGUAAGUCUAUUAAGAAAGAACUUCAGAUCAGCACACGCCAGACGAACGAAUCGGACAUUUCCGAUCUGGGUCGCAUGGCGAACUCUUUCCGCCACGACGAUCAGAAUCGAGAUGAGCUGCUGAAAGACAACGGAAAUGAUGAUGAAGAGGACCAGGAUGGGGACGGCAGCGAUGGCGACGAAGAGGAGGAUGCCGACGACAGUGAUGGGGACAUAGGAGAGUACGAUGGCACCGACGAGAUGCCGGCCAACCACGUCCGAGAGGAUUCAGACUUUCGGCGUUUCCGGUUGGCCGAGGCGGAAGCAGCUCGCCUCCCGUCGGUGCACGGAGGACGCGUGCUGCUCGAGGGCUUGGGUACGAUCAUUAUUAUCACCAGUUUGGUGGCGUUCGUGUGGGGGUACCUUCGGUAUAGAGGGAAAAAUCGAGGGUUGCCCUCGAUGAGCACGUGCUACACGGUCGACGACCGGAGGCGAACGGCUCACCAGGAUGUGGAAAGCCGUAGCCGAUACUUUAAACUGCAAGCCACCACAAGCCUCUAGGGAAAGGAUCGUAUCACAAGUUAGUAGAAUUCAAUGUGAUUUCGUUGUUGAUUUUGUUUGGAUUUCAUGAAGUGUUUUAAGUUAUUUCUAUAUAUGUAACGCAGCGACUUGGUAUUGGAAAAGAAUUGAAUGUACAUCGUUGUAAAUAAUUGGGAAGCUUAACCUGUGUGGGACAAAAAUUGUUAUUUAUACUAGAAAUAGAAGGUGUCUUGACCACGAAGAAAUACUUAAGAAGGCUAUGUUACAAAAAAAGAAGGUACGUUAGUGAGGGUAGCCGUUGUAGAUCUUUUGUAUUGUACUUUUCACUACUCUACUAAUCCAAUUGUGCCAUGCGAGGGUUCUGUAUGGAAGUAUAAUACGUGUGAAUUUAUGUUUUACGGCAGCUUAUAUCAGUAUGUCUUGUUUGGAUAAAAGUACUAAUUUUAAAAAUUUUAUUCGACAAGAUCGUCAAAAGGAGAGGUAUUAU